GUCGGCAGUGAAACUAUUCAAAGACCCAAUGCUGAUGUCUUUCUUUUUGCCAGAUCGAUUUGAAAGAACCGUUGAAAGCUUUCUCACAGAUUGGUUUCACUGGACCCAGAUAGACGGCUAAAUGAUGGAGACUAAGAUGUCGGCGAAGAGUUUUCGCGUGAGCGACGGGGACUGGAUUUGCUCAGAUAAAAAGUGUGGGAACGUUAACUUUGCCAGAAGAACAAACUGCAACAGGUGUGGCAGAGAAAAAACAACUGAAGCUAAGAUGAUGAAGGCAGGAGGAACAGAGAUUGGAAAGACUCUUGCUGAAAAGAGCCGUGGCCUCUUCAGUGCUAAUGACUGGCAGUGUAAAACCUGUGGUAAUGUGAAUUGGGCCAGAAGGUCGGAGUGCAAUAUGUGCAAUACUCCAAAAUAUGCCAAACUGGAAGAAAGGACAGGCUAUGGAGGAGGAUUUAAUGAGAGAGAGAAUGUAGAGUAUAUUGAACGUGAAGAUUCAGAUGGAGAAUAUGAUGAGUUUGGUCGUAAAAAGAAAAAAUAUCGUGGAAAGACUGGUUCCAAGGGUUCCCCAGAGGAGAAGGAAAAAGCUGUGGUAGCAACAGCAGCAGUGGAGGAUGAGGAGGAUGAGGAGGAGGAAGAUGAUGACGAUGAGGAGGAUGGGGAUCUUUCAAAAUACAAACUAGAUGAUGAUGAUGACGAAGAAGAUAAAGAUGACGAGGAUGAAGAUGAGGCUGAUCUUUCCAAAUAUGACCUGGAUGCCAGCGAUGAUGAAAAACAAAAGGAGGUUAAAAAGGGGAGCGGCUCAAAGUCUGGCUCCUCCCGUUCUCGCUCGUCCUCCCGCUCCUCUCACUCCAGUUCGCGGUCCAGGUCCAGAUCCCGAUCAAGAAGUUCCUCCAGUUCCAGGUCAGGAUCUCGCUCGAGCUCCAGAGAUCGUGCUCGAUCACGCAGGUCUAAAUCAAGAUCCAGCUCCAGGUCACGCAGGGGGUCUUCCUCUCCUCGAAAAAGAUCUGGUUCGAGUUCCCCGUCAUCCUCUUCGCCUGAUAGAGGCAAGAAACGAAGCCGCUCCAGGUCUUCGUCAUCUGGUGACCGAAAAAAAAGACGCUCAAGAUCUCGGUCUACAGAAAGACCCCGUAGAUCGUCUUCUGGAUCUUCUCACUCUGGCUCCCAGUCCUCAAGUUCUAAAAAGAAAUAAGUUAAAACCAGGCAUUUUCAAACCAAUAUAUUUUAGACAAGCGCAUGGUGUGUUUUAAAAAUACAGAUGUAUUGUUUAAUCUGAUGUCAUGCUGUUUAUACUUAAGUCAUCUUUUGUGAUGAUACGUCCUGAAUGGUCUUUUGGAAAUACAGCAGUGGCAGGUCUGUCCUUGCUGUCUUAGAAACUGCAACUUCUUUUCCUCAUAUCCCAUGCAGUAAUGAUGUUUGUUUUUUUAAAGAACUGUUUUUACUUCCAUCAGCUAUGCAAAAAGUGAAUUGCUCAUAAACCUCUUUGACAGUAUCAGAGAAAUGCAUGCAAUUUAACACCUGCUGACAACAAUUUAACAUAUUUAGUAGUAUCUUGUAGGAGGGUUAGAUUCAGUCUCCAGCAGAAUUCAGAUUAUAUAUUUUGAGCAUAGUGCAAAUCUAAUAGUGUUUCAUUGAUUUUAAACCCACAAAAAAUUGUGCACUCUAAAACAUGAUUUAAUUUUCUUUUAAACAUCAUUUAUUUGGCAGUUAUUUUGACUGCUUUUUCCUGAACCUUUUGUAUUGACUUGAUAAUGAUGAAUUUUCUUAAGGUAAGUAUUUAUGAUUGUCUUAAUUUUGUUUUUAUAAAAUCUGAAAUUCUUCCAAGAUAACAUUAUUGUAUUUACUGUUUUUCAAAGCUGGGAUUAUAAAAGUUGUUAGCAGGCCUCUGACCAUAUCAACUAAUUUGCAGCAUCUCUCUUGUGCAAGGCAAACCAUAUACUGGUACAUGUGAACUUCACCAUAUU